UGCUCUGUCAGAGCUUGAAAACAUUGCCAAUUCAGAAGGAAAUGGUGAAGAAAUGCCCAUUCCCUUUGGUUUUCUUUGUUCUCAUAGGUUUUCUUAUAUUGGGCUCUUCUCCAUUGCUUGUAGAAGCAAGGAGCAAAGCUCAUAAACAUCAUAAGAAAAGAGGGAGUGAGUCUAAGAAGGAUUCACCUGUUUCUUUGCCUACUCCUCCUCCAUACUAUGGUUCUUACCAGCCUACACGCACCAUUUUCGACAUUCUCUCUUUCGGGGCCAAGGGAGACGGUGUUUCAGACGACUCCAAGUCACUUUUAGCAGCGUGGCGAGCAGCGUGCAAGGUUGGUUCAGCUAUUGUUGAAAUUCCAUCAGAAUUCCGGUUUCUCAUCAGUGCUGUAACAUUACAGGGACCUUGCAUGCCUCAACUUGUUCUUCAGAUAGAUGGAACAGUUAUAGCACCAAGCCAAUUGAGCGCAUGGCCAAAUAAUGGUUUGCUACAGUGGAUAAAUUUCAAAUGGGUUCAAAAUUUCAGUAUCCAAGGAACUGGUACCAUUGAUGGCCAGGGCUCAGCAUGGUGGGGCAUACCAGAUAUCCAGUCUGAGAAGUUUAGUGGCAAAAGCUCCAAGUAUAUUCCAUCCACAAAGCCAACAGCUGUGAGGUUCUAUGCGAGCUAUAAUGUAACAAUUCGUGAUGUUGCUAUUAUAAACAGUCCACUGUGCCACCUGAAGUUCGAUAACUGUGGUGGUGUUAAGGUUUUGAAUAUUACAAUUUCUUCUCCUGGUGAUAGUCCAAACACUGAUGGGAUUCACAUUCAGAACACCCAAGAUGUCGAAGUUGAACACUCCACAAUAGGAUGUGGUGACGAUUGUGUAUCAAUACAAACGGGUUGCUCCAAUGUUAACAUUCACCACAUUAAUUGUGGACCUGGUCAUGGCAUCAGCUUAGGAAGUCUGGGAAAAGAUAAUAGCCUGGCAUGUGUUUACAAUGUCACUGUCCAAAAUAUUACCAUCCAAGAUGCUCUUUCUGGUGUCAGGAUAAAAACAUGGCAGGGAGGACUCGGCUCAGUCAAGAAUAUCUCAUUUUCAGGCAUUCAGGUGUCGAAUGUGAGGAUUCCAAUAGUUAUCGAUCAAUUCUACUGCGAUAAAAAGCGUUGCAAGAACCAGACAGGGGCAGUGGAAAUUGAAGGCAUAAAAUAUGACCAGAUUACUGGAACAUAUGCAGCUCAACCCAUUCAUCUAGCUUGCAGUGACGCUGUUCCAUGUACUAACAUUGAUUUAAAUGACAUACAGCUUGAGCCAUCACAAACCGCAAGGGGAAUUCAGCAAGGCCUUUGUUGGAAUUCAUAUGGGAAAUCUCAGGCCCCUCUUAUUCCAUCAAGCAUAAAUUGUCUGCAAAAGAGUGGUAACCUUGCAAAGAGUAUGAGGAAAUCAUCACACCCAAAGAAACAACCUUGUUGAUUCUCUCUCUACAUAGGAAAUCUUUUAAUCUUGAUGCUUCCCUUCUGCAAUUUAUAGUGCAGAGUGGUGAUGAAAAUGUUUCAGUCUCAGAAUGUCAAUGUCUUUCAGGUGUGUUAGGUUAUCAUGUAACUUCUGAUCCCACAGUUUUUUUAUGGGCAGUGUUUCCCUGUACAUUCAGAUCCCUUUUUCUAAUCCAAACACAAGU